UUGUGAACGAACCGUCGGGCAGUGCAAACGUGUCGCAGCGUGACAGUGAUUUUGAAUCCCACAGAGGAGCAACGAAAUCGAAAUCGAAUUGAAUGCACGUCUUAUAACGUAUUGUUUUUACCGUAUUAUAAAUACAACAACUUGGCCAAUAGUGCAAAUCGCGAGUGCAAUCGGUAAAUCGCUAAAAGCAAAAUUCAAAUUAAUUGAAAACCGUCGUGUUACAAUACAAAUGAAAAUCAAUUCUUUGAAGGAAACCAAAAGCAAAUAAACAAAUCUUUAUUAAAAGCAAUUCAAAGCACACAAUUAGCAAUCGAUGCGCAUAUUACAAGUCUAAUUAAGAAAUCGAAUUAUCAGAGACUAUAAACUGUUGCUAAUGAUAACAGAAAUACAAACGUAGCCAUAUAAAUAAAUGCAAGUAUACAGAUGCAUACAGAUUGGGUUAUUGCGAUUAUGUCAUGAAGUAUCGCGAAAUCUUUAGAAAUCGCAUAACAAAAUAAAUACAUAUGUAGGAGAAAGAAAUUUAAAUUUGAAAGUGUGACGUAUCUAUUGAAUACUAUAAUUUAAAGUUGAAACAAUACCCAAACUACAAUUGCAAUUAUAAUUAUAAUAAUAAUAAUAACAACAACAACAACUGUGGCAAGGCUAGACACGCGUCUUUUUUGCACACUUUUUUCAUAGAGACAACCACAACAACAACAGCAACCACAACAACAACAGCAUAGCAGGCAAAAACUCUCUGCUUAUUUUGUUAGUGUGUGUGAAACGGCCUAACCGGCAAGUGCAAAACGUUUGUGUGUGUGCCGCUCUCACGCUCCCUCUCUCUCUCUCUCUCUCUCUGCCUCUCUCUCUCGGUCCCGCUCUCGCGUUCGCUCUGCCGCUGGCCAUAUACUUGCGUGUGUCAGUGUAUUGGUGUCGAACAGCUGUUCAGUGCAACAUGCAGCAAAGCUAUAUAAAUUCAACGUAGCUUUCUUACGAACACACAAACACACACACACAUACACCCGUUUAGCAUAUCUGGCAUCGAAAGAAAAAUAUAGUCAGAUUUAAAGUCCGGUUUGCAACAUCUGCAUAAAUUGGAGAAAAGAAUUUCACACAUCAUGGCUGGCAGCAACUUCUUGCAACUGCAACAGCAGCAACUGACAAAGCUGCUGCUCGUUGCACUCCUCUGCAGCGUUGGCCUUGCAACAGCCAAACACUUAGGUGACGGGGCUGCUGAUGGCGACGUGACGGCUGCCAGUGACAACAAUCACCACCAACAGCAGCAACAUCAACAUCUGCAGCAUCUGCAACAUCUGCAACAUCAACAGCAUCAGCACCAACAUCAGCAUAGUGCAACAACGCACCACCGACGACGUCUGCAGCGCGACUCACGCGCCAAGGAUACGGCGCAACAACAGUGCGACGCAGUCAAGGGUUUCUUUGAAUCGAUCGACAUCAGGACGAGUGGAUUUUUCAAUGAAAAAGGCGCCGUUUGCGGGGGCAGCUGUUGCAACAAUGACACGGAAAAGGAGUUGCGCCUCAAGGCAUCGAAGAAGUACGAGGACCUGCUGCAUCAUCACACGAACAGUCUGCGUGGCAUCCUAGAGACAACCGUUGAGAAUUUUCAGAAGCACGUCCUCGAGCUGGCAGUACAAUCGGAGAACAGGACACUGAGUGUCUUCUCCAAAGUCUACAAGCGAAUGGUGCCUCUGACGCAGCGACUGAUUCAUCAGCUGUACACGGAGAUCAUAAGUCACUUAAAGUACACGGAGAACUAUAGCAAUGGCCAAGCAAUGAAUAGUCAAAGUCUUGAGGAUGCGUUGCACAAAUUCUUUGAGCAACUGUUUCCCAUCGCCUAUCAUCAGGUGGUGCACCACAACAAGAACAACUAUAGGGAUUUGCACGAGGAUUACAUCAACUGCCUGAGGCAUAACUUUGAUGAACUGCAGCCCUUUGACCAGAUACCCAAGGAGCUGCAAAGCAAUCUAAUGCAGAGUGUCCGCAUGUCCAGCAUCUUUAUGAACUCCCUGAUCCAGAGUGCCGAGGUGCUCAGCGAAACGGAUACCCUGUAUGGAAAACAGUUGACGGAUACCUGCAAAAUGCAUCUCCUCAAGAUGCACUAUUGUCCCAAUUGCAAUGAACAUCCAGAGCAUGGAAGACCCAAGGUCUGCUACAGCUACUGCAUGAAUGUGAUCAGCGGCUGCUCGGCUGAAUUUUCUGGCCUCUUGGACAGCCCUUGGUCCAAUGUUGUGGAGGCCUUGGACAAUCUGGUGGCCGCGCACAUCCGCUCCGACAGUGGCAUUAUGAAUGCCAUCAAGCUACUGGAUGAACACCUAUCCAACGCAAUCAUGAGAGCCAUGCAAAAUGGUCCGGAUCUAGAGAAAAAGGUAAAGAAAACAUGUGGCACGCCCAAUCUGUUGCCCUCACUGGCCGAAGACGAGCCGGAGACUUUGCAACCAUAUGGCAACGUCAAGUGGGCAUCACCGCCAGAUGCAGCCAUUGUUCACUUCCUGUCGACCAUCGAGAAGUCCAAGGAAUUCUUUACCAAUAUUGUGUACAACUACUGUGACGAGGAUUUCACACAGAACGACGAUCAUCUCUGCUGGACCGGAGAUCGUGUUGGGGAAUACACACAGCUGCUGAUCACGCCGGGCUCGGAUACACAGCGUUAUAAUCCAGAGGUGCCAUUGGAGAACCAGUCACAGCAGAGCAAACUGAAUGAGCUGGUCGACAAGCUCAUCAAGAUACGCAAAAGCAUUGGCGCGCCAGUUGUACUCCCGCCUAUGCAUGACGUGCAGAGUGACAUGGGACACGAGGGUUCCGGCGGCGGAGGCGGACAGCUCAACGAUGAUGAUGACGAGUACGGCGGCUUAAACGGCGAUGGCUCCGGCGAUGGCUCUGGCGAUGGUCCCUCCUCGACCUUCUACGAUCCAGCUGGAACCACGCCGAUCACCAACAACGACAUCGAAUCCCGUGACAGUCCGAAAAGUGCGGCCAGUGGGUUGACGGUCACCGUGCCAGUGACAGUGACAGUAACGAGCCUGCUCCUUACUCUAGUCACAGUCUACAGUAGUUGUAGUUAAAGCAUCUUAAGCAAUCAGCUCCACCCAAAUCCCUAACCAUUUACUAUAUACUAUAUACUAUAUACAAGUAUAUACAUCUAUAUAUCUAUCUAUACCAAUAUAUGUAUACAUAAACAGGAAAAGCAAAUUGAGCGCGCACAAAGUUCGACGCAAGUAAUUAAUUAAUUAUUAAUUAUUUGGAUAAUUCUUAAGUUGUUAUCAUUAAUUUAUUAGCCACUAAGAACCACCACUUUGCAAUCAAGAAGCGCGUUUGAAAUGCAUCCACAAUCUUCAAAUAAUACCCAAAAACAAAAAAAAAAAUCAAGAAAGAAAAGAAUGAGAAAUUGAGAUGUGAAACGUCUCUUUCACUGUUGAGCGUUUUCACCUCUUCUAGUUUUUCCGCUCUGGAGAAACGCUCUUGCAAUUGAGCUCGCUGAACCUCAACUCAGAAUCUAACAAGAUUUUUGUGCCAUAUAAAUGUGUUGGAGGUUUAAAUAAACAAAAGAAGCAACAUAAGCAACAAUAAUAUGAAACAACAAAUUAAUAGGCUCAAACUUAGAACCACUCAGCAAUCAGACAGUUAAUUCAGAUACAUGUUCUUCAAAUUAUAUAGAUAUUUAUAAAUAUACAUAACUAUGCAAUAUAAUAUACAGCUCAAUGUUCAAAGCGAAUUGUUCCUUUUUGGUGUAAUUAAAACAAAAGUAAAUAAAUAGAUGCUGUUAUGGCUAAUUCGAGAGAAAGAGAGAGCAAGAGUUCUUGACAGAAGGAAAUAUACGUAACAAAAUACAAGAAAACAGAAAGUAAAUUUAUAGAUUUAAAUAUGUUAGCUAAAGCGCAGUGAAUGUUGUUAUAAAUGAAACGAAUUAUUGUUGUCAACAUUUAAAGGAGCUCAAGGAAUAGAAAACAAAAGAAAAAAACAGAAUGCAUAUAAAUGGAAUUUAGUUGAGUUUACGCACUUUUGGGAAAAACUAGAAGACUUACAGCUUUAUACGCAUGAAACGAUAAAUAUCUAUACAUCUAAUAUGUAGAAUUAUUUAAAUUAAUUAUAUGAAAUAUAAACAAAAACAAAAACAUAAAAAUGAACAAACAAUUUGAGGUAUAAAGAAUGUCAUCAAAUGCAUUAUAUAAGGGGAAAAUAAACUACGGAUCAUAUUGUUAAUUUAAGUUGAUCAAUAUGACUAUGAUGAGAACUGAGCUUGCAUUCGAAAUUCAGAUUCAGAUUCAGAUUUUGAUCAAGCCAAAUGCCUCUUGACAAAAUACUUACACUUACAAAACUUACAAAUGCUGUAGAUGUUUAUUAACUUUAGCAACUUAGAAACUAAAAUAACUAAAUUCAAAACUUGACACUUCUCGUGUUGCAAUACGGCGCAGGCGACACUCUAAAAAAUAAAGAAAAUUUAAAAUAUAGAAGUAUGCGAAAAUAAGUUAAAGAAAUACAAAUAAAAAUACAUAAAAUAUUAAGCAAAAUUUAAAUACAUAUAAUUAUAUAUUAGCGCGUAAAGUGUAACAAUUUAGCGUGUAAUGUGUAAAAAGCAAAUGUUUGAUGAAAACUGGAAAUUUAGUUAGUAGCCAAUUAACAAAUGAUAAAUAACAAAUGAUAAUUGAUAAAUAAUACUUGAUAACGUUAAUAACACACAACAAAUUGAUCUACUUAUAUAUAAAUAUAUAUAAUAUACAUACUAUUUGAUUGACUAAAGACCGCAUGGACAAAAAAAACAAAACAACAAAGUCCGAUUAUCGAAGGUCCUAUUAAUAUUAUGUAUGUGUAUGUUAAACUAUGUAUAAUUAUUAUUUUUAUUAUUUAACUAUUGCAUGUGAUUAAUAAUAUUUAAGUUAAACGUAAAUACAACAUAUUAUACUGUAACUUAUGUAUACCGACCGCAAAAACAGCAACAAAAUGCAAUGUGCUAAAUGAGAAAAGCAUCUUGUGUAAAUUUAUUCGAAGAUAACCAAUGCAAAAUGUGCACAAAAAAUAAAAUGUACUACUUUUUAGACGCCUAAAAACCAAUAAAUAAUUAUUAUGUAACAAA